GUCGUGGUUUCGGAUGGCUGGGAGAGAGAGCGCGAGCGGGGGGAAUACAGAGUGUGUGUGUGUGUAGAAGCGUAGAACACACACACACACACACACACUGCGUGCUGGGAGAGGAGCGCGAGCGCGGCGCUGGGCUGGAUUGUGCCCGUAUUACCGGACUACACGCGCGGAUUACGCGGCGGAACCGGAGCGCUGCUGCCGCCGCGGGGCGGGAAUAAGGUACUUUUCAUGAACACAGUGGAUGCUCCUCCCCCUGCUCUGAAGUUCACAAACAGAAGAGGCGGAGCUCCGCUCACCUGUGAUCAUCACAUUCCUGGGAUUUUAUACAGAUCUUUGCCUCCCAGAGUGACCUUCUGAACCUGCCGUUUCACUGUGACCGACCGAGGCCUCCAAAAAGACAUGCACAUAGGAGGCGGAGCAAGACGCCAAAGUGUAAAGCCCUGCCUCCUUCUCCAGCUGGUGCUCCGCCCCUUGCAGCUCGGGAUGCCCUAUCCCCUGCACCGCCUGCCCGUCUCCUGCGGUCCAGCCCUAAUAACACUGCCCCUGCGGGCACCAUGAACGUGUACAGAGACUCCGGCCCACUUUCCCAGCCCCUCCCCCCUCUCCGCCUACCUCUACACAAUGGCCACACCUCCCCGGCCGAGCCCUCACUGUCGCGCAUCUCUGUUCCCAAGAUGGGAGUCCGGGCGCGCAUCGCCGACUGGCCGCCGAGGAGGGAACGGUCUCGAGAGUCUUUGCUGGAAAACGGCAACUCUGAAAAUGGCAGAGAAAAUGGGGAGGCGGGGAUAAUCCGAGGGGGCGUGGCACACAUGCGUCGCAGCAAGGACGCAGAGUUCCUCGAGGGGGGAGGGUGGAGCUUUCGAGAUAUACCUGGAUCCCCCUUACGGUUCAGAGCGCUUGGUUUCGCACCUCUUCGCCAACGCUCCAACAGCGAAAUCACCCUGAGCGAACAGGAUGAGGCGGAAAUGGAAAGUCGCCUACUGUUUCGCGAAUACGGAAGCACCUCGUCCAUAGACGUUCAAGCCGUGCCUGAGGAGAGCUUCUUCGAUAUGCUCACCCAAUUCCAGCAGGAGAGGAAGCCGGACCAGCGCAGCGCCGCCCCCGCAAGACUAGGAGAGCUUCUACAAGGCGAGACUUCGCCCGACAUGGCCCGAGCCUCGCCCGACGUCACCUAUCCCAGUCCUCGCCCGGAGGACCGCCCGGAGAGUCGCGUUCGCAAGAAAAGCGGCGGCACCGAGUCGUCCCUGGGCACUUCAUCUCUUUUCCGGAAGCUACGCGGAUCAAACCGUGCCGACCCUGAAGCGUCACGGAGCGACGCAGAGGACAUGGGACGCACCUUGGACAUGUCCACUCUAAAACCGUGGCUUUGUGUACGAAGUUUCGCGCACUACGAUGCUCAGAGCAUCCUGUUCGACUUGCACGAAGCAGCGGCUCAACGCAGUUCCGCGGCACAACGACGCAACACUGCCACCGGAGCAUCAGCCGCCUCCUCGGCGUCCGCCGUAUCGCUGGCGGUGUCGAGAGCCCUGGCUCUGGGAGGAGCCGAGCCCAGCUUCUCCAGCACGGACGACCUGAGCUGCAGGGACCUUAUGGAGGCGCCUGGAGUUCCAGGAACGGAGGUUUCCGAGCCGUGCAGCCUGAGCUCCGGCCCCCCGCACCAGCUCCUGCUCAGCUGCCCCAACUUUCUCAACGAGACAGGAAGUUACGGAGAGCGAAACUUGAGCUUCCUGAGCUCGUGGGCGGAGCGAGGGGAAGUGGGCGGGGCCGAGGCCAGGCUCAGGCCUCGCUGCACCAACGCCAGCAUCUCUAUACUGGAAGUUGGGCCGGACGAGCAGGCCCUGCGACUGGAGAGGCUGCAGCAGCACUGCAUAGAGCAUGUGGAUCUGGGGGCCAGAUACUACAGAGAACUCUUCCAUGGGAAAGAGCACUGGAAUUAUUUUGGGACAGAUGAGAAGUUGGGGCCGGUGGCUCUGAGUAUCCGCCGGGAGAAACUGGACGACACCAAAGAUCUGAAGGACCAAUACCAGUACCGCCUCAUCUUCCGCACCAGCGAGUUGUUGACGCUGAGAGGGUGUAUCCUGGAGGACGCUGUCCCGUCGACGGCUCGGCACGGGACGGUGCGAGGUUUACCCCUGAAGGAGGUGCUGGAGUUCGUCCUGCCGGAGCUGAGCGUGUCCUGCCUGCGCCUCGCCCUCAGCACCCCCAAAAUCACUGAGCAGCUCCUCAAACUCGACGAGCAGGGGUUGAGUCAGAAGCAUAAGGUGGGGAUUCUGCUGUGUCGGGCGGAUCAGAGCACGGAGGAGGAGAUGUAUAAUAAUGAGGAGGCCACACCCGCCUUCACCGAGUUCCUGGAGCUUCUGGGGGAAACGGUGUGUCUGAGGGGCUUCAGCAAGUACGCCGCCCAGCUCGACACCAAGACGGACUCUACUGGAACACACUCCCUCUACACCACGUAUCAGGGCUAUGAGAUCAUGUUUCACGUUUCUACCAUGCUUCCAUACAUGCCUAACAACCCCCAACAGCUCCUGAGGAAGAGGCACAUCGGGAACGACAUCGUCACCAUCAUCUUCCAGGAGCCGGGCGCGCUCCCCUUCACCCCCCAGAACAUCCGCUCCCACUUCCAGCACGUCUUCCUGAUCAUCCGCGUGCACAGCCCCUGCUCCGACAACACCUGCUACAGUGUUGCCGUGACCCGUAUGAAGGACGUCCCCCCGUUCGGCCCUCCUCUGCCCCCGAGUGGCGUCACUUUCCGUGACCCGGCGGCGUUCCGCUCCUUCCUCCUGGCAAAAAUCAUCAACGCUGAGAACGCCGCCCACAAGUCGGAGAAGUUCCACGCGAUGGCGACGCGCACGCGGCAGGGCUACCUGCGUGACCUGGCGGAGAACUGCGUGAGCAGCGCGCCGCUGGACACGGCCAGCAAGAUCGACAUCCUCAUGUCCCUGGCAUCCAAACGGAGAGAGCGGGCGCGGGCGCGGGAGGGGGCGGAGCUGGGGGCGUUAGGGGGCAUCGCCUGGCGCGUGGUGGCACAGGAUUUCGGCGGUGGGGCGGCGGAGCUUCCCUGCGUUCUGGCGAUAUCGGCGGAGUUCGUGGUGCUGGCCGACUGCUCCACUAAAGAGGUGGUGUUUAACUGUUUCUGCGCCGACGUGAUUGGCUGGACGGCCGAGAGGCUGGCGCUGAAAAUCUACUACGGGCGCGGAGACCACGUGGCACUGCGGGUACCGGAGGGAGGAGCCCAGGACAUCAGGGAAGUGGUGCAGAGGUUGAAGGCUCUGACGAUUGGCUGUGAGACGGUGGAUAUGACGCUGAGAAGGAAUGGGCUGGGUCAGCUGGGGUUCCACGUGCGAUUGGACGGCACGGUGUCGGAGGUGGAGGAGUACGGCUUCGCCUGGCAGGCGGGGCUCCGGCAGGGCAGCCGGCUGGUGGAGAUCUGUAAGGUGGCGGCGGUGACGCUCACCCACGAGCAGAUGAUCGACCUGCUGCGAACCUCCGUCACCGUCAAAGUGGUCAUCAUCCCGCCCUAUGAGGAGGGAGGAGCCCGCAGGGGCUGCACGGAGGAGUUUGAGAUGAAGACGGUGGAGCAGAAGGGCGAUGCCGAGCCGAUGGCAGCCGGGUAUCGCUCCAGUCAGCGGGCUCCAGCCUGGCGCUGGGACAGCCCGCCCACACAAAGCGCCCCAUCCGCUCAGCGCUGGACCCCCAUGGGGGCCCUGCAGGCCCCCGGCCGCUCGCACAAGCCCAUGGUGCCCAUCCCGUACAGAGAGCCCCAGCUCAUCCCCACUAAAAGGCCGGUGAGUUAUCCAGAGAAUCACUACAGCGUGUCUCCAGUAGGGGGGGACAGGGGUCCGUACCGGAAUCCGUCGGCCAGUUUCUCCAGCCCCGGUUCUGCUCUCAGUCCUGCACUCGGGGUCCCGGGCCUGACCGGACCCUUCAUCCGCUACAAACCCUCACCUGACAGGUUUGGUUCCACACCUCGUUCUAUCCAGCCUUAUGAAGCUCAUCUGACUCUGGAUGCUUCCAGUGGAGACUCAUCAUCCGGCUUCACCAGCCAGGAAAGCACUAUGGAGCGCAGCAAGACAGAGCCCAUGUGGCAUGUCCCCGCCUCCUCUCGGAGUGUGUCGGUGGGAGCAGCUCAGAGGAGACAGACUCGUCAGGAUCUGCAGGGGAAAGACUCUCCAAACCGACACUCAAAGGGUGAGGCGCAGUACUCCAGUCACUCCAGCAGUAACACUCUGUCCAGUAACGCCUCCAGCAGCCACAGUGGCGAGCGCUGGUUCGACGGCGUCGGCGCCGGAGUCUCCGGAGCGCUGAGCGACCCCUCUGACCCCGACCCCGAACCCAUGGGGAAAGGCGGCUCCAGCGACAGCGGCAUCGACGCCUCCACCCUCUACACCCCUAGCCCCAACACCAAGCCGGGGAAACUGAGCCGCAGCCUCGCCGGCACGCCCCACAAGAGCCUCCACGCAUCCGCCACCUACAGCGGUCUGCAGGAGCUCAGCGCCCCCGCCAGGACCGCUGGGGAGGGGCAGCGCAGAGAGUCGUCUCCCAUCAUCCCUGCCUCGGCCAAUCAGAGCAAGAGCUACCGAACGCGCACUUUUCCCCCGCCGGGGUCGGCGAGCACCGACAGCUUCAAACCCAGAGCAUGCUACACCCCACAGGGCUACAAGUCCCCUGCUGUGGCUGAAAAGCCCAGACCAUUCAGAGCUUCCACGGCCACGCCCACUUCAGGCUCCGCCCAGCUCUCCACCUCCGCCCCCAAGUCCUUUUAUGGUAAAAGUAAGGCAAACGCGUGGCACCAGGAUGAGCCCCCAAGCAUCACCUCUACCUCCAGCGGCAUGGAUAACACCACCAGCAGCAGCAGCAAGCAGGUGGAUAUGAACAGUAAGAACGUGUUUGGUCAGCCGCGUCUCCGAGCGUCUCUGAGGGACCUGCGCUCCCCCCGACGCCCCCCACACAAGAGCACCAUCGAGGACGACCUGAAGAAACUCAUCAUCAUGGACAAUCCCACCACCGAGACGCCACAGCAGGAGUCGUCUCCUCGGAGAACCCUGCAGCGUACCUUCUCUGAUGAGAGUUUGUGUAGUGGGCGGAGAGAUGCCAGUUAUGCCAGCACGCCACUGUAUGAUGGACAGGCUCCACCUGGUGACCUUCUGUUCACCUGUACGCUCCCCACCCGCCGCCACGGACACAGCACCAACCACGGAGCGCUGCUCACCAGCAAGAAAGUGCCACUGUCUGCGUCAGAGCUGUCCCUGACGGAGGUGAGGGAUAAGGUUCCCCCCCUCAGGAGACUGGACCCCGGCCUCAUGCCCCUUCCAGACACUGCUGCCGGCCUGGAGUGGUCCAGUCUGGUCAACGCAGCCAAGGCAUACGAAGAAGGGUGUUUUGGGCCCCAGCUGACCCCUGAUCCCGAGCCUCGAGUCCAGACAGAGGCCCCGAGCUUAGUACAAAGAGCGGUGUCUCUCUUCUCAUUGGCUGAGCCUCAUGCUGGAGGAGCUGAACUGAGACCAGUAAUAAGCCCAGUUCACUUCCACACGCCCCAAACACCUCGCACCACGCCCACCUUCAGCAGUGAUGAGCUUCCUAAUGACCUGUCUGGACGGUUGUAUCAUCUGGAGGUGAUGCUGAAGCAGCUCAAUACUGACCUGGAGAAGGAGAAGCAGGAUAAGGUGGCUCUGUUGGCGGAGAUGGCUCACCUGAGGCAGAACAACCAGCGUCUGCAGGAGGAGUCGCACUCGGCCAGCGAGCAGCUCCGCAAGUUCAGCCAGCUGCUCUCCAACAACGCCUCGGACAGGAAGUGACCUCAUCCCUCUGUUAUCCCUCGGCUCUAACCCCCUCCAUCCCGCUGUUCCUCGCUCGGACUGUGGGGAGAAAGAGAUUCAGCGUGAAGGAGGCGAUCACCUGUGGAGGACAUCCAUCCAUCGUUGGGAACAUGUUAAACCUGUGCCUGUCCCUCUGAUACUGUGGUAAAAUUUCACUACCAGCUGCUCAGAAACAAGAGAACCCUGUAAAAAAAAAAAAAAAAGCCCAUACUGAUGGAAUCCCGCCUCUCUCUCAUCUACCGGGCAUUGAACACAUGAGGCGCGAGAGGAGCAAAAGGCGCGAAAGGCAUGAGAGAGUGACUAAUAAAGCAGAACGAGACGAAGGAGAGAUGGGCUUGAUGUCUAGAAAAACUGGAACAGGUAGAAAUUAAAAAGUGGACAUUAGAUUUUUUACUUUUAAUUUUAAAAACCCGCAAAGCCCUGUGUAAAAAUGUGCAAAUCAAAUAAGCAAAUUGCUUGAGGGACCACCAUGAUGAACACAUUUCCUUCUCAGCUCUUUUAUCCCUCCCCCCCAAACCCAAACUACUAACUAUUAAUGCUCUUAGCGCUAUUUUUAUAAUGUAGAAGAGUCUUAAAAGUCGAAAAAAGCUCAGAAGACACCAAACUCGAGCCAGUCAAACUGAGAGACUUUAGCAUUCAGAGAGGCCUAUUACUGUACAUUCAGCUCUACAGCCAAAAAAAAGUGAAAAAAGGUGAGAAAAAGAGGAAAAAGCGAGCGAGAGAUCAGAUCUUGUCCCGAAACGGCCUUGGGGACUACAUUUCCCAGCAUGCAGCACUGUGGAGCGUGCCAAGGGAUCACAUGGUACUGUAGUUUUGAUGUUUGGUACAAUUCUUUACGGACUGACUUGCGGACAAAGCGUUUAUAAAUAUAUAUAUAUAUAUAUAUAUAUAUAUAUGAGUAGAAUUGAUUAUAAAAUGACGAUCAUUUUAUUACGGUUAUGAUGUUAUAUAACAUUAUUGGUUACUUAUAAGGUGAAGGUACCUGGAAUAAUUAAAACAUGGAAAUCUCUUGUAAUUUAAUGUUUUUAAACACAUCACAAUGUUGACUGCUAGUCUACUUUGGUCACGAGGAUCACAGGAACAGUCCAUCCUGUGAUAUAAAUAUAUAUAUAAAUAUAUAAAUACACUCAUAAAUGGUCAUAUCUCAGUCAGGACGCUGUUCUGUACUGCAGACUGUUCUAUGGCAGUGCUGUUGUCUAUCUUUGCCAGUGAUAAACUCCUCUUUAAUAAUAUUUUUGCUGUUUAAUGAUUACGGACUGAUACGUCAGAACUUCAGACUGUUUCUCACACAUCUUCAUCUACACCUGUGUACAUAUAUAUAUAUAUAUAUAUAUAUAUAUAUGUACAUAUAUAUAUA